UGGGGAGGCGGCCUCCGGGCUAGGCAGCGGCUUGCAGCAGUUGAGCGGGGAAGUUGGAGCCUCCCCGCUUGCGGGGCGCGACGGGACGCGUUCCCGGGGCCAUGAGCCGGCUGGGCUCGGUGCAACAGAAGGUGCCCUGCCUCUUCGUGACUCAAGUGAAGGAGGAGCCCUCAGCCAAGCGGGAGCGCCAGCCUUUUAAAGUGUUGGCCACCAACUCAAUUAAUCAGAAGGCUUUAGCUGCAGAUAUAUACAGUGCAAUCCCAACAGAAAAGGUGGAUGGAACUUGUUGUUAUAUAACUACAUACAAAGGUCAUCCAUACCUUUGGGCUCGAUUGGAUAGAAAACCAAACAAGCAAGCCGAGAAGAGGUUUAAGCAGUUUAUGUACUCGGCAGAAAACUCAAAAGGAUUUACAUGGAACAUUGAAGAAGAUUUCAGGUCUGUCCCUGAAUGUUGGAUUCCAGCCAAAGAAAUAGAGUACUACAAUGGAAUGCCUUUCCCUGAUGAAAAUGGACACAUUCCAGGUUGGGUACCAGUAGAGAAAAACAGCAAAUUAUAUUGUUGGCAUUCUUCUGCUGUUGACUAUGAGUAUGAACUUGCUCUCAUUCUGAAGCAUCAUGCUGAAGAGCCUCAUCUUCUAGAAAUCAGUCCAGUACCUUUAACCGAGUUUACAGAGCAGACACUGGAACUUAUUGGAACAAAUAUUAAUGCAAAUCCAUAUGGCUUAGGAAACAAGAAACAUCCUAUACACCUUCUUGUGCCACAUGGAACAUUUCAGAUUAAAAAUGCACCAUCAAUAAAUCAGAAUGACAUAUUGGCUUGGCUUGAUGGAUGCAAAGAGGGGAAGAUUGAAGGAAUUGUGUGGCAUUGUGCUGAUGGAAAUUUAAUCAAGCUGCACAGACAUCAUCUUGGCUUGUCCUGGCCAAUUGCAGAUCCUUAUUUGGCAUCACAACCAGUUAUUGUCACUUUCAGCAGGGCCAAAUACAACUUUGAACCAAAAACUCUUUUUCAUUAUUUUUCAAAGUUGGAGGGACAAAGAUUUAAUAGUCUUAGAGAUAUAAUAAGUGAUCUAUGACCAGGUCUCUUCAGAAGAUACACUGAAUCAUCCAUGUGUCUGCUCCUUCAUUUAUAAUAAGCUAAGGAUAUUUAAAAUGUUUGUUGAAGUGUAAUAUAAAUUGUAUUAUGUCUACCCAUGUUUGACUUUAACAUGUAUAUACAUAAACUGGAAAAACUUUAGCAGAAGAGCUA